AUGGCAAGCACCAUUAGCAAGCCUUGGUCGCCAUCUGGUCCAAAUUCAGACGUUUUUGAGCGUCAUGCAGAUUGUUUCGAGCUCACGCGAGCUGAUAAAUCGAAUGAGGAUACCGUACCUCUUGAUCCAUGCCGCGCAGGCUACUCUCGCGAGUUCGUUCCGCUCGAUGCAGCUUUUAUCGACCAGCUUUACGCGUGGAUCAAGAGAAAGAAAGAGCAAGUGGGGAUUACGCCCGAAACAGCCAGAGUAAGCGAAAGCUCUAUCAGCCCCGAGAAUGUCUACAAGCCUAUCAAGGACCCGUACGAAGUACGGGUUUUGGAAAUCCAGCCUGGUGAGUUCAACGAUCCGCUCAGGGCUUCGCUGGCGCAUUGCACGCUGGAAUUCGAGUACCAACCAAUACCGUUGGAAACGAAGACUGGAAGCGAUGGGCCACACCGCACUGGAGAAACACGUUACGCCCUGUCAAUGGGCUUGGAACGACUCGUGUUCUACACCGCUCUGAGCUACACUUGGGGGACCGGACGUCCCGACGCAACGAUCGUGUGCGACGGCCAGCCUUUGGGUAUCACGAUAUCCCUCGAGACAGCACUCCGCCACUUCAGGAGGAAAGACCACGCAAUCGUCAUGUGGAUCGACCAGAUCUGCAUCGAUCAAAAAAAUGGCAAAGAGAAAGAGCAGCAGAUCCCGCUGAUGUCCCGAAUCUACUCCCACGCACUCAACACCGCCAUCUGGCUCGGCGCAGGCCUCGACGAACCAACCACAAACAACAGCGACGACGACGACAGCUCCGACCUCGACGCCACAACCACCGCCUUCGCCCUCCUCCGCCAAAUCCACGCACGCUUCCGCUUCCACACCGACACGGUCAGCACGCCCGCCGACCUCCUCCGUCUCCGUCUCCCGCCCAUCACCUCCUCUGUCUGGCUCCACCUGCGCGCCCUCUUCGCGCUGCCCUGGUUCGCCCGCCUCUGGGUCAUCCAGGAACUCAUCCUCUCGCGGUCGCCAUGGAUGGUCCUCGGGACCCACAGCAAUGCCAAUGCCCCCGACAUCCUCGCCAUGCCCUACAACGACUUCAGCAACGCGUGCUACGCCAUCGUCGAGUCCGGUCUGCACCGCUUCCUCUCCCUCCACAGCGACGACGACGGUGCCGCCCUCGCCGGCUGCGAGACGCUGUACAAGCUCGACGGCAAGCGCCUGGCAUACUCGUCGUUCCAGGAGCCGCCUGGCCUGUUUGCCAUGCUGGUCGCGACGCGCUAUGCGGCGUGCUCCGUCUCGCAGGACAAGGUGUACGGGCUGCUCGGCAUCUGCGGGCGGGCAGCGCGGGAUAUCGGCAUCGAUUACGACCGCGGUGCGGGGGAGGUGUAUCGGGAGGUCGCUGUGAUGUUUCUGGACGACGCGGUUGCGGAGCUGGAAAAGGCGAAGGAAGCGGAGUACGAUGCGGAUUUGUCGUUGCAUAGGCGCGGGGUAUUUGACGUGUUGAUUUGCGUGGAUCGUGGGCCGGUCGGGGAGGGGGAGAAGGGGGAGGGGGAGAAGGGCGAUAUGCCGUCGUGGUGUCCGGAUUGGAGGAGGGAUCGGGUGACGGAGGCGCUGGGGUUGGCGACGAGUACGGCGAGCUUUUAUAAGGCGGGGGGAGGGGCGGAUCCAAGGCUGGUGGUUGGUGUUGGGGGCCGCGAGUUGAGGGUGGAGGGGAAGGUGUUCGAUGUCGUUGGUGAGGUGAGCGAUGUGUUUGCUGAACCGCAUUUGGGGCUUCCGGCGGAGGUGGGUCGCGAGAGCGACCUCCUUGCUUGUCUCGAGGUUGUGCGCAGGUGCUAUCCCUGUAGCGGUAAGUGUGCUUGUCAGGAUCGGUGCAAGUAUGCUAGUGGCUGCGGGAUCUUCGAGGCUUUCUGA